GCGGGUCCGACCCUGAAGUUGAUCAUCUGGAGAUUCCACGAGAGAGAGAGAGAGAGAGCGAGAGCGAGAAAGGAUGUUACAGUUUCCGGCGUUCAUGACGCAGUUUCCAUCGACGACGAGGACUAUUCCGACGUCGUUUUUGCUUCCAUCUCAAUGGCCUCAACCCCACAACGAAGAGCUCCUACUCGCCAUGGAAGAAUCUAAUCUCGAAGAAAAGUUGAAUGAAAUCAGAGAUACUAACAGAAACCUGGUUGUGAUUGGGAAGACUACCGCCGAUAAUGAUAAGGAAGACGAUGAUAAUGAUGCAGACGAUGAUGAUGCUGACAAUGCCGAGGAAUCUGAGGCUGAGGAGUUUGAGCAAGAAACUGGUUGAAAAAAUAAUACUAUGCCUCAUUGGUUUUUUUACCUCCAUUUCUUCGAAAACUCGAGUCACAAGCUCUGUAAUGCCCAUAGGACUUGAGAUGUAGCAUUGCUUGAUGUUAUGUUCCCACAAAGCCCGUAUUGCGCAUGUAUUUUCUUGCAACUUGCUUCAAUCAGAGCAAUUCCUUUUUAAUUUUCAA